AUGGUUAAGUACGGUUCUAAUCAGGUGAAACAUUACACGCCUGGAAAUUAUAUUCCGCUUCGUAAAACAAAUUUCCGCGUGAUAGAAAUAGAUAUAAGAGAUCAGUUUGGUAAAUUUAUUCCAUUCGAAUUCGGCACGUUGACGACCAGUAUCGAGAGUUCGCAAUGGAUUCANUACAAACCUUUGUCGACUCUUGCGGACGACGCUCCCGUAGAGUUUGUCGUACCGGGACAUGGUGAAGAUUACAUAGAUCUCGCGCAUACUCUUCUCAGUCUUUGCGUGAUAUUGCAAACCCCCGCAGCGGUUAUUCCGGUUACUUCGGCUUCUGCUGCUGCUGCAGAGCAUAAAGUAAGGCCUGUAAAUAACUUUUUACAUUCCAUGUUCAAUCAAAUUGAUGUGUAUUUCAAUCAAAAGCUUGUGUCGCCUCCGAACAAUGCUUACGCGUAUCAGGCCUAUUUCGAGACAUUGGUGAAUUAUUCUUCAGAAGCAAAAUCCUCUUAUCUCACCAUUUGUUUAUGGGAUAGCGAUCUUCCGGAGCUGAUGGAUGAUGGCUUCGAUGCUCCAAAUGAGAAUNCCGCUCUCGUGAGACGUAUGCAGUAUUUCACAAAUAACCGUGCUGUGGAUCUCAUAAGACAUCUACAUUGCGACGUUUUCAAUCAGGAUAGAUUCUUGAUUAAUGGCGUGGAAAUGCGCCUCAGACUCAUCCGCUCGAAGGAUUCUUUCUGUCUCAUGGAAUCUACGCCACACAAAGAGUUUGUAUUGUAG